GAGUGGCUUCAAAGUAUAACGGUCCUGCGUUAAGCAUUUGUUUGUGAGCAAGGCUCACUUUAUAUAUACAAAUUAGACUUUCCUGGAGAUUUAUCAUUGUAUUUUCAGUUUCAAAUUCCUCUGAGUGUGUCUGAUUAAUCUGUUUCAGAUUCUGACAUCUUAUUGCCAUGAUCAUCAUGUCACCAAAACACGUCGUUCCGAUCACAUUCAUCUUCUUGGCAUUUCUUUCUUUUCCCUCAUUGUCUAAAGCUGAGCUUUAUUCACACUACUAUGAUCAAACAUGUCCUGAGUUGGAAACAAUCAUAUCCGAGACAGUUCUCAACUCUUCAAAAUAUGACCCGAAAGUUCCAGCUCGUAUAUUGAGGAUGUUCUUCCAUGACUGUUUCAUUAGGGGUUGUGAUGCAUCAAUACUAUUGGACUCAACUCCAAUAAACAAAGCAGAGAAAGAUGGCCCCCCAAACAUCUCUGUUCGAUCAUUCUAUGUGAUCGACCAAGCUAAAGCCAAGCUUGAAAAGGCAUGCCCACGCACAGUUUCAUGUGCUGAUAUACUCGCCAUUGCCGCAAGAGAUGUUGUAGUCCAGUCUGGAGGUCCAUAUUGGGACGUUUUGAAAGGAAGGAAAGAUGGAAGAGUGUCAAAAGCAUCUGAUACAAGAAACCUACCAGCUCCUUCUUCAAAUGUGAGCCAACUCAUUCAGAGCUUCGCUUCAAGAGGAUUAGACGUCAAAGAUUUGGUCACUCUAUCAGGUGGUCACACUCUGGGAUUUUCACACUGUUCUUCAUUCGAAGCUCGGCUUAGGAAUUUCAGUCUGUUGCAUGACGUUGAUCCGAGUUUAGACUCUAAGUUCGCUCAAGAUCUGAAGCAGAAAUGCCCAGAAAAACCAUUAUUCAGGGGCCAUAAUGCAGGACACUUCUUGGACUCAACAGCUUCAGUGUUUGAUAAUGACUAUUACAAGAGAUUGCUUGCUGGGAAAGGAUUGUUUAUAUCAGAUCAAGCAAUAGUUGGAGAUUACAGGACCAGAUGGAUUGUUGAAGCUUUUUCUUACGAUCAAAGUUUGUUCUUCAAAGAGUUUGUUCAUUCCAUGUUGAAACUUGGCAACGUGGGCGCCUCUGCAAAUGGAGAAGUGAGACUUAACUGCAGGGUUGUGAAUUGAGAGAGACAAUCUGAGACACUAUGAUGAUUUUACAGUUUUUUUUUCCCCCGCCUCGUCUUUUCCCACUAUGUAUCCCUAUGGUUUACAACGAUGUGACCAUGCGAGAAUAACAAUAUUGUUACUUCUAUGCUUCACUCAAUGUAAUUGGUUGCUCAAUAAAAGAUGAAUUUAAAAUUUUCAAA